AUGAUAGCCUCUCCAUCAUCAUCAUCAGCUCCUGCUUCAGCUCCAGCUUCAACCCCUGCUCCAGCUUCCAGCAAUAGCUAUAGCCCUCGCCCAGUUUCUGCUGCAUCUGCAGUCUCCCACACGUCAUCCGCUGGUCCCCAAGCCACCGUCACUUCCACCACGUCAACAAACACUAGUGCAACUACCUUCUCCACAUCUUCCUUUGUCGCUGGGCUUGAUGGUUUCCUAGAUGAAUCUGCUUCUCAACUACUACUACUAACAUCCCCUGGAGUCUCGGAGAAGUCGGUAACAUCUGCCGGUUCCGACAUAAUCAACAACAACCAAGAACUAACUUCUAAUACUGGUGUUGUAAAGUCUUUUAAUGGUAACAAACAAAAGAGUGGUCAAGAGAUUAAUCAACAAAAUGAAAUCCACGAUUCAGCAGGGAAGAUGGUAGGAGUGUCUAAUAUUAAUAAUAAUAAAGAAGAAGAAGAAGCUACUGGUCAAACAGCUCUAAUCAAAGAUGCAACAACACCUACCCCCCACAUUAGCGCGCAACAAGUCCCAUUUGAAACUCUGACACCAGCAAUAGACCCAGAAUCCAAAUUACCUACUAACACUACUAUUAAUACGAUUAAUACUACUAAUACAACGACCUCAGAUACAACCAAAAGCUUAGGCGCUGCGACAGCAGAAUCAUCAACAUCAAAAUUGCAAUUAUCGUUGAACUUGGCUGCACCUUCAGCUACUACAACAACUUCAUUAGCAACUGCAGCUGCAGCACCAUCAGCAUCAGCAUCAGCAUCAGCAUCAGCAUCAGCAUCAGCAUCAGCAUCAGCAUCAGCAUCAGCAUCAGCGCCAGCAAUAUCAACCACAGCUUCUUCUUCACUGCCAUCAUCAUCACUACCGCCACCACCAUCAUCACCACCACCAAUAGCUUUGACAGGCAUAAAUCACUCCGUACACCAGGAAAGUCACGUGCGCGGGCUCGCCAAAGCUUCACACGCACUUGCAAAAAUUUUCACGAGUUGCUUUUCCUUCUCAACGUCCAGCACAGACCCAAGGCUAGCCCAAACAUCUGGGACUCGUGGGAAUUUGAAUAAUAACAACAACGACAAUGAUCAUAACAAAAAGCUUUUAAAAGACAAUGGCCAACAGAAAACAUCAUCAUCAUCAUCAUCAGGUAAAAAAACUCAUCGCAAAACACUCUCCUUCAAAUCAUUUCAAGAAUUGUACCCCCCGCGGGGUAAAAGACUAGGCGCUGGAGGAGGACAUACAUUUUCUCACAAAUGGGACCCAGAAUCUAUGUUUUUACCGGCAAUUAUGACUACAGAUGGAGUCCCAACAACAGCACCAGGAGACCUAUUUGCAUCAGGAUAUAAUAAGAGAGCGGUGAUUCGCCAAAGUGGGCGGUUUUCUCAAAAAAAUAAGGAACUACAACUGCCACCACUUCCGUCAUCAGCUGGUGCUGCUGGUGCUGCUGCUGGUAGUGAAGGAGACAAUGAUGAUGCGGCCUCUGCGGCUGUCCACAACAACAACAACCAGUCACAUGCUGGGCAGCCGUCCGCUUUGGUUCCGCAGCAGCAGCAGCAGCAGCAGCAGCAUCCCGUGCAGAUUUUCACCACCACAAAUCACACAACCAGCAACUGGCCUUGUGAUGGACAUCAAAUGGAUCCAGCACCACUCCACCAAACAAACACCCUAAGAACCAUAAGAGACGGAUCGUCUUCGGCGCCGCUCAGCUCGCCAGACUCAGGAGCUCUACGAAUACCUACAGAUUCUGCUGCUGCAAAAUAUGUCACCAGCAAACUUGGUAGUCCAUCUUCCAAUAAACGUGUCUCUUCCUCCAGAUCCUCUCUUCCUCCUCCUCCUCCUCCUCUACCACCGCCAGAUAACAACUCAUCCGACGGUAUCUGGGAUCCCUUUGCAAGUGACAGCGAGGAUGAAGACGGUGCUGACAGUGGGCUGACUGACGAGCCGUGUACGGGCUACCGGGAGUGGCUUAGGCGGCGGCGUGAGUGGACGCGUGGAUGUGAUGGACUGGCGCCGUUGGAAACAACGUUGGAGGGAGUCCCGGAAUCAGCAUACCCAGGGCUCUACAAUAUGCUUGUGCGCCAGGCACGGCCACUUCGGAAACCGUUACCACUUGCAGACGCGCUUGUAAUUAUUAAGGCCGGAUGGGUGGCUACAGGACAAUGGCCGCCGCCGAGUAAUCUCAAUAGUUAG